GAUAUUUUUUUUGGUCUGCUAAUGAAUAAAUGAUUUCCCAGUCAUGCUUCUUGCAGAGGUCACUCUAAUUUCAAAAUAACACAAUUAAAGUGCACCAUUAAAAUAUGAUAUCGAUUUUGCUGUCUCAAUAUCUAACUAACCAUUUUGCAUAGAAACUUGUCUGCAGGUACUCAUUAAAUGAGGGAAAAUUGCAAAUAUUCCUUUGUAAAAUUCUCUAAAAUCAUGUGCAAGUACUACUAGUAUUUAAUAUUGAAACCAAGGGCUUCUAUGGAGGAAAGUAUGCAAAACAACGCAAAUGUUAUUGGAGAGAAUUUUACUAAUGUAUAUGUAUAUCAUCUUUGCCACAAAGUUUAAAUGUAAAAACUAAAAUGUCAUGAUGUCAUUUGUCAUCUUUCCUAAAACUAGGAACUUGCAUAUAAUAUCUGGGAUUACCAGAUUUAUUCAUGAUGGAGGCAUUAAACUUGCUUGCUAACAAUUAUUGUUAAACUGUGCGUAUAGUCAUCACAGGAGUCUGUGCAGCAGCAGUUUAAAUGCUUUUUGCAUACUGAUUUGUGAAUUCUCCUCCAGUGCUCUACAGAUAUGUAUUUAUGACAUCUCAAGUGAUGCAUUCCCAGGUGCAUGGAAAUGAUCACUGGGGGUUUGCCAUUACAAGCAUCGCAUUACUUAUUAAAAGGCAGAGGCUAAUCAGAGUUCACAUCAAUUGGCAAACAGAAACUGCAACAAUGACACAUCUUGUUGCCUCUCUGUAUCUGCUGGGAUCUUUUCUACACACCUUUACUCAAUGCACUGCCCAAGCCUCAGAGUUUCAGCUGGAAGGAGAUUAUUUGAUAGGUGGACUUUUUGAUAUCCAUCAAGCCAGUGGCCCUGUUUAUCAUGACAGACCAGAGGGCACUGACUGCUCCAGUAAACCCUUCAUUAUGUCAAGUUAUCUGAGGUUUCAGUUGAUGAGAUUCACUGUGGAGGAAAUCAAUAACUCUACCAGCCUCCUGCCAAAUGUAUCUCUCGGCUAUGAGAUAUUUGACCACUGCUCAGGAACACAGAGUUUCCCGGGUAUUUUCAAACUCAUCUCAGUCAAUGGCUUGACCCAACAUUGGGGUGAACCACAGAAAAAUCUGUCUACAGUUUCCAAAGUGAUAGCAGUGGUUGGUCCUUUUUCAAGCACUGACACCCUAACUGUAGCCCCACUCUUCAUGGUGGAUCUCAUUCCUAUGGUCAGUUAUGGAGCUGCUAGCUCUGCUUUGUCAGAAAAAUUGAAAUUUCCCUCUUUCCUACGAACAGUGCAUUCCAAUAAAGACAUCAUAGCAGUGAUUGUUAACAUCAUACUGCACUUCAACUGGCACUGGGUUGCUUUCCUAAAUAGUGAUGAUGAUUUUGGCAAAGAUGGCCUGGAAUUGUUUAUAAAGAGGAUCAAGGAUACUGAGAUCUGCCUGGCAUACACCAAAGAGCUAAACCACAAUACGAAUUAUUCCAUAAUGUUCAAACAGAUGGAAGCAUUGAGAGUACAUAUCAUGGUUGUGUUUGCUCCAAAAAUGACUUCUGAAGCUCUCAUUGAGUCAGCAAUAGAACUGAAUAUCACAAACAAGGUGUGGAUAGCAGGGGAUACCUGGUCUUUAAACAAGAGGCUGGCAAAGGAGAAAGGAAUCCAAAAUAUCGGAACUGUACUCGGGGUGUCUCAGCCAGUAGUGACAAUACCUGGUUUCAGUGAUUUUAUCUUUUCUUCUAAAAGCCAGACUCCAUGUGAAAAUGCAGAACAACAGAUGUUUUGUAAUCAGGUUUGUAACUGCAGUGGCCUGAGUUCAAAAGAUGUCAGUGCUAUGGACCCAUCUUUCUCUUUUCCUGUUUAUUCUGCCGUAUAUGCCAUCGCUCAUGCCUUACACAAUGUCUUGCAAUGUGGAGCUGGAAGAUGUGACAAUAUUACAAUCUACCCACACAUGGUUCUAGCAGAACUGAAGAAGUCAAACUUUACACUUUUAAACCGGAGUAUUCAGUUUAAUGAGAAUGGUGACCCCAAGUACGGAUCUUAUUCCAUAGUUUACUGGAACCAAAGUGGUGAAGCAGAGGAGAUUGGCUUUCAUAAAUUUUAUGAAGGAGUCCUUUUUUUCAUCAACAACACCAAAAUUCGGUGGUACAAAAACAAAGUGCCCACUUCACUAUGUUCCCCAGAAUGUCAUGUAGGAUAUGCAAAAAGGCAAAAUGGAAUCCACAAAUGCUGCUUCACUUGUGAAAUCUGUCCGAAUGGAACUUAUAUCAACAGCACAGAAGAUCCCUACAAGUGCAUCGACUGUAAGGAGACAGAGUGGUCCACAGAAGGAAGUACAUCAUGCAGUCUGCGGUUGGUGGAGUACAUCCCAUUCACAGACAGCGGGGCUAUACUGAUCAUGAUUGGGGCCUGCACCUUGGUGGGCCUCGCACUAGCCACGUCUGUUCUCUUUGCCAUCAACUACAACACACCUGUUGUUAGAUCUGCUGGGGGACCAAUGUGCUUCUUAAUUUUAGGUUCCCUCAGUCUGUGUAGCUUUAGUGUAUUCUUUUACUUUGGUAAGCCGACCAUUCCCUUUUGUAUCUUAAGGUACCUACCAUUUUCAUUGUUCUAUGCUGUCUGUCUUGCAUGUUUUGUAGUGCGCUCUUUUCAAAUUGUUUGCAUUUUCAAAAUAGCUGCCAAGUUCCCCAAUCUCUACAGCUGGUGGAUGAAAUAUCAUGGACAAUGGCUGGUCAUCACAGUGGCAUUUGUUACUCAGGCACUCAUACUUCUCAUUGGCUAUUUUUAUGGACACCCCAAGCCAAGCAAUGAAACUAUUUGGUAUCCAGACAAAAUCAUACUUGGCUGUGAAAUCAAUCUCAAAUGUUCCUCUGGUCCUGUGAUUUUACUUGUAUUUCUGUCCUCCCUUUGCUUUAUUUUCUCCUACAUGGGAAAAGACCUCCCAAAAAAUUACAAUGAGGCCAAAGCGAUAACCUUCUGCCUGCUCCUGCUGAUCCUCACCUGGAUCAUGUUUGCCACUGAAUGUAUGAUUUACCGUGGAAAGUACAUCCAAACUUCUAAUGCUCUGGCAGUACUUUCCAGCCUCUACUCCUUUCUGUUGUGGUAUUUCCUCCCAAAAUGUUACGUCAUUAUUUUCCAACCCCACAAAAACACACAGCAGUACUUUCAAGGUCUCAUUCAAAGUUAUACCAAAACAAUUAGCCAGUAGCAGCCUCCAGUAAAUAUGUGUCUCUACUGACAGAGGAGCUGAUGUGGUUCAGGGCUUCUCAAUACUUGCAAUUCUAAUAAUUUGGCCUUUUUAGAGUACUGUAUGUUUGUCUCUAUGGCUGUGUCUCCCUAUUUACUAUAUAGUGCACUACAUUUACCCUCUGCCAUUUUGUCUGAAUGCUAAGUGUGUGUAAAUAUAUCCACUAUAUAGUGACCUCAAAAGUUCCACAAUGGAACGAAAAAGGUAGUGUCUAUGGCGUGUACGCUGCACUCUGCUAACAAUCCCACAAUGCAAAGCUCCACAUUUUAAAGAUGUGAAAAUUACUGAUAAUGAUGACGCAAAAUGACAAUGA